GCGGCCGGCCGGCGAUCAGGGGCUGGCCCCCGCGAUCCUGCAUUGCUGCGAGCUGCAGUUGAGGGGAAGAACUUCUCCUGCGCCCCGAAGGACUUCCCCCUGGGAGAAGGGACGGCGGCGGGCUAGGAGGGGCGGGAGCCAGGGGUUCUCUCCGUCUGGCGGGUCGCGGCGCGGGAGAGCGGGGCGAUGCUGGUCUCGGUGCUGGCGGCGCUGUGCCUGUGGCUGCGCCUGGCGCUUGGCGUGCGCGGCGCGCCGUGCGAGGCGGUGCGCAUCCCCAUGUGCCGGCACAUGCCCUGGAACAUCACGCGGAUGCCCAACCACCUGCACCACAGCACGCAGGAGAACGCCGUCCUGGCCAUCGAGCAGUACGAGGAGCUGGUGGACGCCAACUGCAGCGCCGUGCUGCGCUUCUUCCUCUGCGCCAUGUACGCGCCCAUCUGCACCCUGGAGUUCCUGCACGACCCCAUCAAGCCCUGCAAGUCGGUGUGCCAGCGCGCGCGCGACGACUGCGAGCCGCUCAUGAAGCUGUACAACCACAGCUGGCCCGAGAGCCUGGCCUGCGACGAGCUGCCGGUCUACGACCGCGGCGUGUGCAUCUCGCCCGAGGCCAUCGUCACUGACCUCCCCGAAGACGUGAAGUGGAUAGACAUCACGCCCGACAUGAUGGUCCAGGAGAGGCCUCUGGACGUGGACUGUAAACGGCUGAGCCCUGAUCGGUGCAAGUGCAAAAAGGUGAAGCCUACUCUGGCGACAUAUUUGAGCAAAAACUACAGCUACGUAAUUCACGCCAAGAUAAAAGCGGUGCAGAGGAGUGGCUGCAACGAAGUAACGACCGUGGUGGAUGUAAAGGAGAUCUUCAAGUCCUCGUCCCCCAUUCCUCGGACGCAAGUCCCACUUAUUACGAAUUCUUCCUGCCAGUGUCCUCACAUCCUGCCCCAUCAGGACGUCCUCAUCAUGUGUUACGAGUGGCGCUCCAGGAUGAUGCUUCUUGAAAAUUGUCUAGUUGAAAAAUGGAGAGAUCAACUUAGUAAAAGAUCUGUACAGUGGGAAGAGAGGCUGCAGGAACAGCAGAGAACGGUUCAGGACAAGAAGCGACCGGCUGGGCGCACCAGUCGCAGUAACCCCCCCAAGCCCAAGGGAAGGCUGCCGGCUCCCAAACCAGCUGGGCCUAAGAAGACCAUUAAGGCCCGGAGCGCUCCGAAGAAAACAAACUCCAAAAGAGUGUGAGCUCACUGCUUUCCAGUACGGAGACUUCCUCACAGUGUGCGAGGCCGGGCGUCGCCUGGGACGGCCGGUGGAAGGCCACACACUCCUUGCCUUAAGAAAUCACUGCAGUGCUCUUCCUAAACAAAUCUUACAGCAUUUUCCUUAAUGAUGUGCUUCAGUUUCUCUUUCUCAGCCGUCACAAGCCAGAGUGAUGUUUCUUCUUAGAUAUGAAAGGCGUAUUCAAGGUAUUAAAGCUGGGGCCAAAAGCUCGUUGCAGUCAGAGAAGCCAGCGUGCCUACCCUAGAUCUCCACUUGAGGAAACUAUGCUUUUUAUGAUUGACCUAAUAUGAGCAUUGUAAAAUAAAUGCCAUAUUUCGAACACAAAGUCCACGUUUUUUUACGAUACAUUUCAUUUUUGUUUGACUUCUGUUGCUAGAAUGUUAGUGAUACUUUGAAAUGUGAUUGAAAAUAUGAUGCUUCUCAAGAGGAAAGCAGAAGUGAAUGUUUACGAGACCUCCAUGUGUUUAUUGUCUACAGAAGGAUUUUUGUAAUGAAAGAUUUUUUAAAAAAUAUCUAAAGAAGAGAUGGAAAGUUGUAGAGUG